AUGCCCAACCUUCACGGUUUCCUUCUUCUUCUUUUGAUGCGGAUGCUGCUGCUGCUGCUGCUGGUGAUACAAGUUACUACACAUGGUCAAAAUGGACGAUUACCCAAUACAUCUGUCAUAUCUAACAACUUCUCAUUACUACAGCUGAUACACGGUUUUGAGGACGCCCCCAGAAAGCUGAUUGAUCAUCUCUCAGAGUCAUAUGAUAAUCAGGCAGCUAAAUCAUUCUUCUUGGCUGGCUGGUGCGGCGAAGGUGUAGGAGCCUCUGCUGUUCUUAAGGCCACAGCCAAACUCCUGAAAUCGAGAAGAAGUGACCCUGACAGAAGAAAGCAUUUUGGCAAAAUUAUCCAUGUAGACUGCUCUCUAUGGAAAAGUGGAAGAUCCUUGCAGAGGGCAAUCGUGGAGGAGUUAAAUCUUGGCCAUUUACUGCCCAUGUUUGAUAAGGAGGAUGAGGAUGAUGAUUUUAGAGGGAUAAAGAUCGGCUCUAGACUAGAGAUACCACGCAUCGGAAGUGAGAUCAACGCUUCUCUAAGAAAUGAAAGAUUUCUGAUGAUUUUUCAUUAUGGGGGAGAAGAAGUCAUUGAUCUAGCAGAGUUUGGCAUUCCUAAUCCUGAAUUUGGGACAUAUGCUUUAGGGCAACUGUUAUGGAGUGGUUAUGGAAGAUUUCAACUCUCAGAGAGAAAAGACAAGUUAAAGUUAAGUUCUGCAUAUUUCAAAGUAAUUCGUUUAUCUCAUGUGGGCAACCUAAACGUGGAUGGUAUAUUGCUUCAUUCAUUGCGGGAAGAAGCCGCUGAAGUGAUUGGUUUCACCGGCUUGGAUGACAUCAACCCAACAAUAGUUUUGGAUUGCUUCUCGUACUCACUGUUCCUGACAGAGCAACUACGCGGAAUGCCUAGAAGCAUCUAUGAUAUCGAUGCACAGGCCGAGCUUAAGAAAAGAUUCCAGAAUCUGAAAAUAAGAAAGCCAAUACUCGGAAAACCUUUCAGUCUUGACUUUGCUUGGGAUACGCAUGUUUGCAACUACUGGAUAUGUGAUGGGGUCCUUCAAGGGGACAGAGCCUACGAGGUUGGCAGUGCAUUGUAUGAAGUGAUACUUCGGAUGUUGUGUUAUCCAUCUAACAGAACACAACUAUUGACACGUUGUUUCGAUCAACAAAGAUUUAACCGCUGGAUUUUAAUCUCCUCCAACCAACUAGGGGCACAAGAUAUCUCAACUAUUCCUGUCAUUACAUCAUCAUGUUUCCUAACAUCGGGGGGAGAUUCUCAACUACAACUACCAAAUGACCUUUUUGUAUUAGCCAGCAACCUCCACGUGCUAAAACUCUGCAAGUGCAGCUUUGAUUUUGUAUCCCCUCCUUUCCGAUCUUGUCACAACCUAAGAUUCCUUUGUCUUCACCAUUGCACAAAUACAAGGGAGGAUCAAGGUGGAGGGCCAUGUUUCCCAGAUCUGUUGGUGCUUGACAUACGCUUCACGGAGUUUGUCUUGCUGUCAAAGAUGAUAGAUUUGAUGACCAAUCUUAGGGAGGUAAAUACCAAGGGUGUCUCGUGGAGGUAUGUAAGUCAAGCAUGGGAAAAGCUACAGAACAUUCACAAGCUCCGGGUAACCGAAUCCUCAGAUGUGAUCAUGAUGGACACAUGCUCUUCAGUAGAUAUGAUGAAUAUGGAGCUCCUUGACUUGUCUGGUAACGUUCAUUUGGCAUCAUUGCCGGAAAUGACAACGGCACGGUACUUGAAGAUGCUAGUUCUUGAUGGUUGUUCCAGCUUGCAGCAGGUUGUAUUCGGAGGAGCCCCUCCACUGCUCGAGAGUUUUAGCUUCGAUGGUUAUGGCCCAGCAGAGAAGUGGAUACAUCCCAUACAAUUGCCAGAAAAAGAACUGCGUCCCAAGUCCCGCAACGUCCCAGAAGCCAAGGUGAGAAGGAUCUCCCUAGAGGGUUGUGCUCGAUUGUGCAACGUGUUCUUGCAUGCAUUGCCCAAUCUUGAGGAGCUGGACCUUUCUAGCACAGCCAUUAAAACACUUGACCUCGGUGCAAUGGAUGUUGCACGGCUCAAGAAGUUAUUCAUGUUGGGUUGUGAGCAACUCCGUAGCCUACUCUGGGAUGGAAGAAACCCUUCACUGGAAGUUCUACAUGUAGACACUCGUGGGAAGACGAGACCAAUGAUCCACUGUGGAGAACAGAGGCCCUCUGUCUUUGAGGCACACAUGGCUUUUACAGAUGGAAGGUUCAUUUGGUCUGUCAUAAAGGGACUCGAUCGGUAUGACCCCAAGGUGCACCUCCAUAUUUCUACUAUGAUCCAGAGCCAAGUCAACAUCACCAAAAGUAUUGAGGAUAUUGGCACUACCCUAGAGGGUUUGGUUCCCGUAGGGCCCUUCUUACCUUACGUAGAUAUUGUCAUUAACAAGGACACUGUCACACCUUCUUCCUUGGUGUGGGACCACCGACGACUUUAUCCUUUGAGUAUCCAUAUAGAGAUUGGUGAAGGAAGCCACCAUUUAGAGAGUAUGAAUGUCAAUGCAAAUUUCAGAAAUUUCAUAGAGUAUAGAGUGAAAUCAUUGCAUGUGCAUGACAAUAUCUCAAUCACAGCUAACCUUCCAGCGUCAAGAACAUCAUGGCUGCAUUUAGAAUGGUGUCAUGUUGAGAGGUGCCCCAACCUUCACACCCUCUUCCCAAGUUGGGCUGGAAAUGAAAGCUUUAGUAGAAUAAGGGUAUUUUCUGCAUCUGAUCUCCUGAUGGCCUAUUGCAUCUGGGGUAGAGAUAUUACAUUAGACUUCUACAGCUUUCGAUACCUACAACACGUAUACUUGCACAACUGUCCUAGGCUGGUGUUUGUCCUCCCUAUUUCCUACCCAAUGCCAAACUUAGAGACCAUUCAGAUCGUAUACUGCCAAAAUCUCCAACAUGUUUUCCCACUGGCCACCAAUGAGCGCGCUCAAGAGAUAGCAUCUGGUGUCACAUUAGAGAAGCUAAAGCACAUCAGGCUAUAUCAUCUCCACAGGCUAGAGCAGAUAUGCGGGGUCAAAUCACUGGUCGUGCCGGUGCUGGAGACAAUCACCCUCAAGGACUGUUGGGGCCUGAGACGGGUACCAACCGUGUCGCGCCAAGGCCCCAAGCCGGUGGUGGACUGCGAGAAGGAUUGGUGGGAUAGGCUCGAGUGGGACGGCCCCGAGGCCGACCAUGAACCAUCGCUUUUUGAGACGCGCCACUCGGCUUACUACAAGAAGACCCUCCCGAGGAUCUCCGUUCUGAGUUUGUCGGUGUUUGGCUUUUAA